UACUGUUAUUAGUCACCAUGGUGAGUGAGGGUCAAAUAAAUUUAUGUUUAAAUCAUGCCAUGGGAGAGUUUGUAGCAAAUCCGUUGGAUUGCAAAAAGUUCUAUUUGUGUGGUUUAGAUGGUGAAGCGGUGCCAGCUAGUUGCCCUCCGAAUAUGCUUUUCAAUCCGAUUAGUAAAAUUUGCGAUACCCAAAACAAUGUUAGAUGUGAAGCAAGCACAACAUUAACUCCAGCAACACCUCAAGCCACUACCACUGCAUCACCUAUAGCAUCUGUAGUGGAUUAUUGUUUAAAUCUAUAUACCCAACAACCAAGUGCAGAUGCUUUGAUUUUUGUGGCACAUCCCUUGAAUUGUCAUCAAUAUUAUAUGUGUUACCAUGGCCAGGCUUUGUUGCAGGAAUGCAGUACCGAUUUACAAUGGAAUUCUCGUAUUGGCAAAUGUGAUUUACCAAGUAAUGCUAAUUGUCAUAAAGAUGAUGGUCAUAUGCCAGUACCCGUGGCACCAACAGAACCCGCUUCUAUAGGCAAUGCUAAUGGUAUUGUAUGUCCUGUUUAUGGUCAACAUAUAUUUCCACAUAUGCAACGUUGUGAUUUCUUUAUAUAUUGUGUUAAGGGUCAUGCUAUUUUACAGCAAUGUCCUUUUUAUCAGUAUUUCGAUGUGGAGAGCAGUCGUUGCAAGUGGCGUAAGGUGGCUCUUUGUAUUAAGGAUUUAAAGUUGGUAUUUCGUAAGAAUACAUUUUAGUUUUUUUUUAUAUAAGAAAUAAAUGAGAAAUUUAAAGAAAAGAACCCUCAAUUUUUUAAUAUGAUUAAGUAAGAAAAGUUUAUAAUAGUUUUCGAUGAUUGCAGGAAUCGAUUCAUUUUUUCUCCUCCUAAUUUCUGAAAUAUCAAGUCAACAAGUGACUUAAAGAAAGGGAUCCCUAUUCACAUGGUUU